UUGACGAAGGCUCUGACGACGUUUUUUCAGUUUUGUCAUCGGGGGAGACCUCCGAGAGGGAUCAGAAACGUCAGGAGACGAUCGGGGAAGUGAUUAUUUAUUUUUUGGAGGUGACGAUUGAGUUUUUGUUGCGGUUUCUGGGGAGAUUGGGGGAGAUAUGUAGUGCGAAGAUGGUGGCCAGUGGUCAGGGGGACAUGACUGGACCGAUUUAUCAUGAGAGACAGGUGAAGGAGCUGUGCGCCCUGCACGCCCUGAAUAACCUCUUUCAAGAGAGGGGCUUCAGUAAAGCGGAGCUGGAUCAGAUUUGUUACGGAUUGAGUCCUGAUGUCUGGAUUAAUCCUCACAAGUCACUCUUGGGACUGGGGAAUUAUGAUAUCAACGUUAUCAUGGCUGCACUACAGAGGAAGGGCUGCGAGGCUAUCUGGUUUGACAAGAGAAGGGAUCCAAAGUGUCUGAAUCUCGACAACAUAGACGGCUUCAUCCUCAACGUUCCCACAGAAUACAAACUGGGUUUUGUUCUUCUACCCCUGAAGAAACGUCACUGGAUAGCCCUGAAGAAAAUCCAAGGUGCCUUUUACAAUCUCGACUCGAAGCUCGAUUCACCCCAGCUGAUCGGCAAGGACGACGACUUGCUGACAUACCUGAAGGACCAAAUUGAGAGUAAGGAGAAGGAGUUGUUUCUGGUUGUGUCCAGAGAUGUGUCGAGCAGUCAGGAGUGGUUGAUUAAAGUGAAUAAUUGCAAUGAUUAUUUGGGUGAAAGUGGUGAGAAAAUUUUCACAACUGAAAGUGACGAAAUAAGGUACAUUGAGGAUGGAUUCAGUACGGACAUUGAGCUUGAUAAAAAAUCACAGGAUUAUGUGGAUAAUGAUAAUAUCAUUGUGAAUGAUAACACGAGAUAAUCUUUAUCAUUUUGCACGGACUUUUGGAGGAGAUUGAGUGAUGGAGCUCCUGAGGUUCUCGUAUGUAUCGAGAAUCGGAGAAGGGGAGAUUAAUUUGGUCUCAACCGACAGCCGGAGAGCUUUCUGAGCCAUUUUGACUCAAAAAUCCAAAGAAAAACGAAGCUCAAUUAGUUUCAUUGUCCCAUUGAUUUGAUUACCCUAAUCCCUUAUUUCAGGUCCUAAUAUUAAUCCCAUUUUGACUCAAGCCAAAAAUCCAUUCUCUAUCUCUUGAAGUUCUCGAUAUAUUUGAUAAAAUGUGAAAGGUUCAUCGACUUUUCUUCUCUCACGAAAUUCCCCCGACAUUUUUUAUCUCAAAUUUUCCUCGCACAUUUCUUCCUCAAAAACACAUCCUUACACUUAUUUUUUCUCCUUCCAGUGCCUCCCAAUUCCAUGAAGCUGAAACUUGCGAAAGAUUCGACAGCAGAAGGUUUGUCUUAGGCGAAUCUAGGGGGGUACAAAUGUUUUUAAGUAAUGUA